UUUUUUUCACAGGCGUAGUAGAAGCUUUUGUAUAUUACCUUCUAUACGAUAUAAUGGCGAACAACAGGGAAAAGGAAGCAAUGAAAGCCAGUGAAGAGGCCUGAAGAGCGGCAGGAAGUGAGGGAGGAGGCAGAUCAGGGAGAAGUCUCAGACUCUUGCUCAGACUCGGAAUCGUCGUCGGACGAGUCCACGGCCGACAUAACCGAGCGGCGGAACAUCCCCGCCCAGCUGCAGCCACAGGUCGAGCGACUUAAGGCUCUGCGCGCCCGUCUUGCCCACUCUUCGCAAGAAAACAAAAAGCAGGUCUACGAGGAGUACCAGCGCAGCCGCGAGAACCCAGGUUCUGAGCGCCGCGCCGAGCGCAAACGGCGGGCAGCCGAGAUUGCCAAAGACAAAAUGGACUACCAAGGUGACGACUACGAGCGUACACGGUUCAAGGAGUACUCAGUCGAGCAGGUAGAACGCUAUGAGGAUAAGCGGCGCCGGAAGGAAGAGCGGAAGGAGACGGGCUUUACGGAUUUCGCGCAGGUCAAUCAGCGCAAGUAUGAGCGGGAUAUUGCGAAGCUCAGGCCCGAUCUGGCCGCCUACCAGAAACAGAAGGCGGGAGAGGGAUCGGGAGUCGAGCACCGGCCUGAACCGCGCAAUAUCGAAAAGCUGGUCAAGAUGGUUGACGACCAGCAGAAGCGCCGCGAUGCACUGCACCGGCCCGAAAUCGAGAAGGAGGGCGAGGACGUGACGUACAUCAACGACAAGAAUGCCCGCCUGCCAUCGCCACAUCAACCGCAUGUACGACAAGCACACAAAGGAGAUCCGUGACAACCUCGAGCGCUGGCACUGCUCUCUAAAGAAAUUCCAGUUAUAUUUAAAUUUAAAUACGAGCACUUACUCCGAGU